UGCACUAGCUGUGCAAGGGGGGGUGGGGCCUCAACACAAGACUGGCACAUAAGAAGGAAGAGAGAGAUAUAGAGAGGAAGGAAGGAGAGAGAGAGUGUGAUAGAUAGAGGGGGGGGUAGAAUGACAGUUGAAAGAGCAUGUGUGUGUGAGAGGGCUAGAGAGAGAGUGAAGGAGAUCGCGAGCAAGCGGAGAUAGAGCUGAGAGCAAGAGAGUCCCUUCUGUCUCUGUCUCUGGUAGGGAGAGAUAGAGAGAAAACAAGGGAGAAAGAGAGCGUGAAAGGGGGAGAGAGAGAAGAGAGAGAGCGUUGAGAUCUUUCUCUCGGUCUCUGCUGAAGCACAGGAGUCUAUGCCCGAGCUGGAUCCUGCAUAACUCCUUGUCCUCCUCUUCCUCUUGUUGUCUGCGCUGUCUUUAAAACGGAGGGAACCCUCGGACUCAGAGCUCAUCCGUUGCCGUGGCAAUGGGCUGUCGGCUCUCAGGGCCGUGGUUCGGCGAUGGAAUGGGGGUCAGUGGGCGGGAUCUGAGUUACCUGACUAAACGGGAUCUUUCUCACCUGAGCAAACGGGAUGCUCUUAGAAUCCUGGCUGCCUAUGAGCACCCAAUCACGCUGCAGAUCAAGGGCCGGCGUGGGAGGGGUUAUGGCUUACAGGACUGCAGCACACAGACGGAAAGACACUGGGAGCCCCUCCCCUUGGCCCCCCACCUGGCCCUGCACAGUCUGGGGGUCACAGCAGCCGAGACAAUGUCCAGGGUCAACCCGGACGGACACUACUGCAGCCACAUGAGUCUGCCUCGUGAUCACCGUGACAACGGGAGAUAUGAGUACCUGCCCAACGCUCCACGAGACAUAGAGGACAUGGAUCCACUGGGCUACCAGGACCGAGAGCUGGACCAUCGUGUUCCAAGGGAUCAGAGCUGUUUGACCGGCUGCUGCAACACCAACCUUGAGGAGCCCAGCAGUUUCCACAGCCAGACUGAGGAUGAGGACUAUAUGUUGGAGAAACCUCUGGGCUACCUACCUCUCCACCAUGAGCUGGACAGCGGCCUGGGCUGGACCGACGGUAGCCUGCACCAGGGAGACCUCUCUGGCCUGGAGACUGAGGAAGGGGGUCUGGAGGAGUGUCACCCCAGGGGAGGAGGCUCCGGUGGGGGCCUGCUGGUCAGUGGAGGAGGGGGUGGAGGUGGUGGGUCUCCGUCCUCUGAAUCCUUCAUCUCGUCUGAGCUGAGUGACUCUGGCUUCUAUAGCGUGAGCACCGGAGAGUUCCGCCGUUUCCAGAGGCUGUUAGAGAAACGCAUGCGCCUGUACAAUGCUCGUCUGCACCACCAAGGGGAGGUGUGUGCACGGGAGCGCCGCGACAGCUGGCAGAAGAACCACAGAGAGCUGCUGGAGGCCAUCCCUGAGGCACUGACCAUGCAGCCCCAGCACUCCUGCCUCACGCCUGGCCUGACUGCUCCAUCCAUGGGCCCUCCACCCCGAGGACUCUUCAGGGUGUCGUCUGUCCAGUUCCGGAAAGCGGAUCGUCCCUGUCUGGGCAAACACAGCUCCAGCAGUGGCUCCCUCUUCAACCCCCAGCACACCCCUGGCCCCCUCUCUGUCCACGCCCCUGUCCUCUCCACCUGCAGUACCCCCUCCGGUCACCACAGGCUUCUGCUGCAGCACCAGGGCUCCAGCUCAGAGGGUCAGCUGAGGAGAAGCAGGACCCUGCACCACCGGGCUCCACCCCAGGAGCGUGUCAGACGGGCCAGUCACCCGUCCUCCCCCUCUUACGCCACCCUGCAGCACUGUGGAGUAGCUUCACUUAGAGGCCUGGAGCUGGGCCUGCCUGAAGAGGGAGAACCAGAACUAGUGCUCAGACACCCAGCAGGACUUGCCCCCUCACCUCUGCACCAUGCAACCUCUCCGGGGGAACACAGAGGGGCCAUGCCCUUACCCAGGGGACAUUACUGGGACAAUAGUGGAGGUCAUGACCAGCUGGUUAAUGACAGGAGGCAGCAGGAGAGGAGCUUCAUGACAGACCUACCAGUGUGGGAGAGGGAGCGAGAGAGAGAAAGAGAGAGGGAGCGAGAAAGAGAGCAAGAAAGAGAACGAGAAAGAGAGAAAGAAAGAGAGCAAGAAAGAGAACGAGAACAAGAGAAAGAAAAAGAGCGGGAAAGAGAGAGAGGAAGAGAGAUGCACCACUUCCACACCCUCAGCCACCCUCCCCAGACAUCCAUGGACAUCCAUGAGACAUGGCCUAAACCAGCCAACCGUCUGUCCCGCCAGGGGUCCGGGGGUGGUGGGGGCCUCUACAGCACCCUGGAGAGCCACACUGCGUUCGGAUCUGGGGUCGUUGGAGUGUCCAGGAUGGGCUCCAACCCUAACCACAACCUUGAUACUACCCCUAACACCAACCUUCCUAACCCUAACCCAAGGGCUGUGAGGAACCAGAUUCUCCGUGACCGGGCAUCGCGGCUAGCGGACGAGCGCAGCGGGAUGAGUACAGAUGAGGAGAGCCAGGAGGUGAUGAGGGGGAGGUACUGGAGCCGCACUGAGAGACGGGAGCACCUCCUACUGGCCCGCGAACAGAAACAACAGCAGCAACAACAACAGCAGGCCAGAGGGCAGCAGGCUUACACGAGGCCAGGAGCCAAUGGAGGAUCGGGAUCUAUGAGAGAUACAGGGGUCAACACAAGAGGAGGAGCUAUGGGUGGACAGAGGGGAGGAGUUAUCCGAGAAGGAGAGGCUAUGUCUGGAGGGGGAGGGUCUUUGGGAGACAACCGGUGCAGCACGGUGCUGGAGCUCAGCCAAAAGAAGUUGAGUCGUCUGAGGAACAGGAAGCUGUUAGAUGAUUGGACAACGGUGGAGGAGCUGCUCACUCAUGGGACGAGGCUGGGCACCGGGGAGGAGAUGUCCCUCUGUCCCAGCUCACUACUGACUGUGACUACUGUAUAGAGUGUGUCUCUGCGUGUAUGUCUGUGUGUUUUUCCACCAUAAAGCACCAUGGACAAUACAUUUGUUUGAGGGUAAGUGUAUGCGUGUGAGUAUAUAAGUGUGUGUCACCAAUGUACAGCACCUCUGACAAAGUGUGUGUAUGUGUCAGACCUUCUUACUGACUACUGCAACGCACUGCAAGUGUGUAUCUAUUACAAUCUGUGUGUCUGUGUGAGAGAGGAUCGGUCUGUGUGUGUGUCUGCACCAUGUAUGGCUACCUCAUGCUCAUGGGGUUUGUGAAUCAGUUUGAAACACAAUAUAAUAUCAUGUCAUUUUUGUUGAUUUUAUCUUUGGGUGUCUUUUGAGUGCAAAAAUGCUGCCUGGUGACAUUGAUGAAACUCUUACAUUUUGACUUUUAUGCCUCAACUAAAGUUGUGAUUGAGAUUUCUAAAAGCAAUGCUGCAUUGUAAGAGAAUCCACCAGAAAACAGCAGCUUACUGGAGAGAUGCCACAACAAAGCUAGUGGAGAACUCUGUGGAUUGAUAACCACCCUACACAAUCAAUGUGUUUUUGUAACAGAGAUCCCAUUGACAGUCUGAAAGGGGAAUGGUGCUGCAGUAGAAGAUUUUGCUACCGGAUGUGAUCGUGCUCAAACUACCUGGUACUCUUGAUUGCACAACAACUAACGCAACCCAUCCUAUCAUUGGAAUGAUGUUUACAUUGCAUGUCUAUUGAGGUAUUCAUUCUGUAUUCUGAAGUGGUUGUUCCAGAGAUAGGUACUGCAGAGUAGAUGGUGUAGGCUGAGCUGGCCAGGGGUUAGUGGUUUGUUGCUGGAGGUCUCUGGAGGUCGGGGCUGUUGUUGUUUAGUACAUAUUCAUUAUGGAACGUACGGAACAACGCUAGGGUACAACACUGGUGGUGUGGUGUCAUGCUCUAAUGUCUGUCACAUUUUGUUUCUCACUUAAUUGAUCAAUAGAUAGGGGUCAGAUGUCAAAUAGGCUUAUGACAGGGUUAUACAGGAUUAUGUCAGGGUUAUGUACGCUUAUGUCAGGGUUAUGCAGGCUUAUGUCAGGGCUAUGCAGCAAAUGUUAACUAAAGUCACUGUGGUAGGUACUACUCAUACUAUCAUUGAUAACUGAAAUGAAAGGUGUGAUCAGAGGUGGGAUUUGCUUUUUGUGUAGCGUUAUCAGCACUCAUCAUUACUGAGGCUGCAGGAUCACACACCUUAAUGCACUGUGUGUGUUUCUCACACACUCACUCAGCGUGCAUGUGAUUCUUACACACACAGCAAGUAGGACUCACACCUGUCUGGUGUGGAGCAGAGAGAGGCAGAAGAAAUAAGAAAGAAAGGAACAACAGAGAGAGAGAGAGAUUAUAUAUAUAUAUAUACAGUUGAAGUUGGAAAUUUACAUACACAUAGGAGUCAUUAAAACUUA